CGGCGACACGAGCCCUCCUUCCGCCGCCGAGGGGCUGAGCCGGGCCGGCGCCCCACGGAGCCCGACGGGCGCGGGAGGCGGGGCCGGGGCCAGGGCCGGGGCAGGUCGGAGGGCGGCGCGGCAGGACGAGGGCUGGGACCAUGGCUGUUGACUGGGUUGGUUUUGCAUAUGCUUCAUUGCUGGUGUUUGGAGGAGUUGUAGCAUACACUCGUAAAGGUAGUAAAAUCUCUUUAGCUGCUGGACUCACCUUUGGCUCUAUGGCUGCUUAUGGAGCUUUCUGUGUAACAUGUGAUCCCAGAAAUGUGAAGAUAUCAUUGUUUUCAUCUUUUCUUUUGACCAUUAUAAUGGGAAUGAGGUUCAAGAGGUCCAAGAAAUUAAUGCCAGGACUAGUAGCAUGCCUGAGCCUAUUGAUGAUUUUGAGGAUUGUUUUUAUGCUGUAGGAGAAUUUAGAACCGAAUAUGACUGCCAUGACCACCAAACAGACAUGCUCUCCGUACUUGAAAGACAAGUUUGAACACAAGUCUUACGCUGCAUUUAUAUUUUCUGUAAAAGAUCUGUACCUGUUAAUCGAUUAUUGAUAUGUUGUUGAUAUUUUAAAAGCUUUUUUAAAAACUAAAGCAAGUGUUUUGGUCUUAUAUUUUGAUCUACUUUCAUUUAAGCAGUCUGUUAACUCAUGGGAUUUUUCAUUGUAAGUUUGAUCUCUUUUAGGGGUGCAGAGCGCCCCAGGAAAUUGAGUUACUCUUGCACUGUAUCUCUGAAAGAAUAUCUAUAAAUACAUGUUUAUGCUAAAAAAGCUAUCUUGUAUUGAAGUAUAAUUUUGCAGUUUCUGAGAUUAAAUAAUCAGUUCUAAAUCAAAAAA